AUGUCUGAAAAUGAAUUGAAGGCUUUAAUAAGCGUUAUUUUACCUGGUCACUUUUCACGAAACCAUUCAAAAUGUGAUCUUCAAGAAGAGGCCAUUCGUUGGCUUCUAGCUAAUGGCCUUCAUUUGAGCCACGAAUUCACGUUAAUUGAAUUAGAUGACGGAAGUUACGCUGUAGUUACAAUCGAGAACAGAUGCGACUGCUGCUUUGAUCGAUCACUAAUACAACGUAAAAAAUAA